GUGAUAGGUGACCUUCGUGGCUGCGUUGGGCAGAGCCGAGCUGGAUCCGAUCUGAUCUGGAGCCGAGUUGAGCCGAAGCAUGCAGGCGCUGCCCCGCCGCCACGGGCUGUCUCUUUAAGAAGCCAAGCGCGCCACCUGGCACCACGGACGGGAAGGGCAACAUCAACAUAUUUUUUUGUCGUAUGCAGACUCGCCUUGCAUAAAUUAUGUUCAUAACGUAGUGCUAACGAGCAAUGUUUAUCGAAGCUGGUACGUUCUUUUUAAUUACAAAGGAAGCUCGGGAAGGCAAUUUAUCUAGGAGUUUAGCAGCUCCAAACGUUCCCAUCAUAUUGAGGAAAACUAUGAAGAAAUAAAACAAAUGGAGAUGUUUCUCAAGGCCCGCUUUUUAUCGAUGCAAAUGCUCCCUCCUUAACCAGUAUACUCCUUGCCGCUCGGCUCAAUUGAUGGGAAAAAAAGCAAAACUUGACUUUUUUUUCUGGUCCUUUAACUCGCUUCAAACAAGACAAAAAAUUGUUCGCAAACAGGCGGAGACAGUUUCCGAGGCACUUUGCUGAAGCCGAGGCAUGAAUAAAUAACGAAUGCAAGAAGGCAGACCAAACUGUUUCUUUCAGUGAUGUACAAUGGAAACUGGCAGUCUGGCAGAGCAAGGAGAUAAUUUGUAUAUCACAAAGCAGGCUACUGCGAUGACUGUCCAGGAAAUCACCAAAGUUUCAUCAAGGAAAGUGGAUGUUCCAUCCAAAGUAGGGGGUGACGCAGAACCUCAAAGGAUUGUUCUCCCAGCGGCAGUAGUGGGCGAGGAAGGCAAUGACGGCAGUGUUUCCACUGAGGUGCCGAAAGAACUCAACAACUGUGUGCAGGAGAACCAAAGCCACAGGUCUAGUGAACAAACCGGGAUAAUGCCAGUGAAUGAAAUACAAACCAACAGGGUACAGCUUCAAGCACAGCAGACUGUGCCCAUCUCAGUACCAACAAUGACUCCGAUUCUGACAUCGGAAAACCUGGCGACAGUGGUGAUGGCUUCAGCAGGAAGUGUCCCAUUAAACCAGUCUCUUCUCAUUCCGCUCAACAUGACAAGUCCAAUAAAUGCACAACAGGGACUUGUGUUUACUAUUCCCGCAGCACCUCUUGCUUCUCUCCCAGGAUUCACCCCUGCCACUGGUGCAGGAGGCAUUCUCAAGCUUCCUCUGCCCAACACACAGGCUACAUCCUUGUUGAAUACCACACUCCAGAGGGCACAGCUUCAACAGACCCUACAACCUCAGCCUACUCUACCAUCCCUUUCUACAUCUACUCUACCUGUGAAGCAAACGGAAACACAAGCCCAGAUUACUUCCAUUAACACACCUCAAGGCCUGACUUUAAAUCCCACAAUCCUCAGCAGUCAAGCUCAACUUGUUGCCUCUUUGACUUCUACACCAGUUAUUGCCAAUGCCAUGCAUGGUUUCCAGGGAAUUAUGAGUCCGAUCAUAACUAAUGCACAAGGACAGGUCAUAGGAACUCUUCCCUUAGUCAUGAAUCCAGCUACAAUAUCAACAACCAAUACUGUGACAGCAGUACCAGCACAAAGUCUACAAGUGCAAGCAGUCACACCACAGAUGCUACUGAACGCACAAGGUCAAGUGAUUGCGACUGUGAUCAGCAACCAGUUUGUACCAGUUCUCAGCCGACAAGGGGGCCUCCUCUCCCCUGUAAAGACGUUACAGCAGGUACAAGCUUUCCAGCCAAUUGCUACCGUUGCACCACCCAACGUGACACCAGCCGCAUCCUCUGCAGCGACUGAACCUCCCGUUACUUCAAGCAACACUCUUUCCAACGCUAGUGUUGGACAACUGGUCAGCCAGCCUCAGAAUGCACCCACUGAGGUGGACGGAAUAAACCUGGAAGAAAUACGUGAAUUUUCAAAGAACUUUAAGAUCCGACGGCUAUCUCUCGGGCUGACACAGACACAGGUUGGACAGGCGUUGAGUGCAGCAGAGGGACCUGCCUACAGCCAGUCAGCUAUCUGCAGGUUUGAGAAAUUGGACAUCACUCCUAAGAGUGCACAGAAGAUCAAGCCGGUGCUUGAAAGGUGGCUGACAGAAGCAGAAGUGCGGCAUCGUGCGGGCAUACAAAACCUCACCGAGUUUGUUGGCAGCGAACCUUCGAAGAAACGCAAACGCCGCACGUCUUUCACACCGCAGGCCCUGGAAAUCCUGAACGUCCAUUUUGAGAAGAACACCCACCCCACCGGUCAAGAAAUGACAGAGAUAGCCGAGCAGCUGAACUAUGACCGAGAGGUGGUCAGAGUCUGGUUCUGCAACAAGCGGCAGACUUUAAAAAACACCAUCAAGAGAUUGCAGCCGAACGACUCGACGGAAUCGGGUUCAGGCGAACCAUUACUGGACCCCAAAGUAAACACUGCUGGAACGGGCUGAUGUGCGGAAGAUUCUUUCAGUGAGUCGUUGCAAAGUUUUUUACAAAUAGUACAAUGAGGAUCAUUUACAGGGUAAGGGCAAAGCUGAGAACCACAGAUUCCUGCAUCCGUUCUCUCCACUAAAGCCCACUGUGGUAUGCUGCCACGUGAAUGGAACCAUUAUCACUAAUUGUACGAUAACUAACGUAGAUGUGUCGUGCAUAAACGUUUGCAUAAUUUGUUUUGUGGUCCUCGGUUAGAUCAAAUGUCACAAUCAGUUACAAUGGCCCUCCUAUGUCCUGUUAAAUUGACCUUGUGGCAACAGUAAGCAUCUCUGAUUUCUUAUCAGUGAGAAGACGUAUCUAUUAAUACUGCUUUUCAAAUAAGUGCUAUGUAAAAUAAUCCAUAGGGGAAUUUAAAAUAUUUAAAUCCAGCUUUGCCAAGGGUCAGCAAAUUUACCAACAAGAUUUAAUCCUUGGUCUGGUACAUCAUCUGAUCGCAGCCAGAGGUGACACUCGAGGCCUUGAGCGAGAGGCAGGUUGGACUUCAGUUACUGGAGCAUCAUUAUAAGGACCAUGACCCAAGUCCAUGAUAUGGACCUGGAUCAUGUUGGAUAUAUUUGUGGCAGUCAGCUGUGGAGGAAACUAGGCUCACCCACGGUCAUAUAACUACUGACAUUCAGGGCUUGAUUUUAACCCCACACAAUUCAAUUCAAUUAAUACAAUUCAAACCAGUGCACCUUUACCCACCACAAUACAAACAGAAGCAAACAUUAAACCAAUAAAUCUCCCACCUAACUACAGCAAAAGACUUAUUGGCCUAAUGUUUGCCUGUAAACGGAGGCGCCAUGAUUGAUGCACUUUGAAAUUUGAUGUGAUUUUAACUGACCAACACCUUACACCCAGAUUGGCAAGAUCAUUAAGGCGACCCAUGCAGGUUUAGUUGAUAACCAGAUUUCUAAAAGUCUGAAGAAAGCUGCUCUUUCACUUUGUUCUGACUUGUGAUUCUUUGAUAUCACUGAUGUCUUCGGCCUUUAUGUUUCUGGUCAUCAUGUUACAGGAAGUAUGUUUUCUUUCACAUUUUGUUGUUGGUGGCAAGACCAGCAUUUAUUGCACACCCCUAAUUAGAACAUAGAACAGUACAACACGAUGCCAAGACCAACUCUUCUCUGCCUGCACAUGAUCCAUAUCCCUCCAUUCUUUGCAUAUCCAUGUGCCUAUCCAAAAGUCUCUUAAACGCCACUAUUGUAUCUGCCUCCACCACCACCCCUGGCAGCACGUUCCAGGCACCCACCAACCUCUGUGUAAAAAUCUCACCCCUUUAAACGUUGCCCUUCUCACCUCAAAGCUUUGCCCUCUAGUAUUUGAUUUUGUUACUGGGAGGAUUGGCCAGAGUGGAAACCCAAACUCCCUAUCUACACUCUACCCUUUCUACCUUUCUUGGUCCCCAAUUAUCUGCUGCCUGUACCGUUGGCCAGACCACCUCACUAAAUCUCCUGCCUGCAAUGCUCUCAUGUUGUCAAGGAAACCUUGAUGAGUUGCUCUUAUCCAUUCAAUGGAUAUUUUUAAGGCAGAGAUAGAUAGAUUCUUGAUUAGUACGAGUGUCAGGGGUCAUGGGGAGAAGGCAGGAGAAUGGGGUUGAGAGGGAAAGAUAGAUCGGCCAUGAUUGAAUGGCGGAGUGCACUUGAUGGGCCGAAUGGCCUAAUUCUGCUUCUAUCACUUAUGAUCUUAUGAACUUAUUUGGUUGGCACAGUCGUCUAGGCAGGAGAGAGUGAACAUCUAAGGUGGAGUACAGGGCACCACAAGUGGGCUGCGUUGUUCUGGAUCGUGUUGUUGGAAUUGCACUCACAGAGGCAAGUGGAAAUCAUUCCAUCUCUUUGCUUGUAUCUGCGAGUCCUGGAAAGAGAGGGUGCGAAGGGAUGAGUUAAUUUGCUGGCAGAUACUCAGCCUCUAACCUACUCUUGUGGCCUCGGUAUUUUGUAGCUUUUCCUGUUAAUGUUCAGUUGAAUGGUAACCAUUCCCCUCGCCUCGCCAGCUCCACGCUGGGGAUUCUACAAUAAUAAUGUCACUGAAUGGAGGGCUUGCUUCCUUUGUGUUGGAAAUGGCCGCCGUCUGGUACUUUUGUCGCAAAUGUUAUGACGCAACAGCGUGAAGGAGAAGUUGUCAAUCCCUCGAGUUGGCUCUGCACCUCAAUGAACCCAUUGCUGAUGCGCAACCAUAUCAUUCCUGCCUGAUUUCCAUCGCCCCCGAUUCCGUUGGUGGCAAAAAGUCGAUUUAGCUUCAGCCUUAAAUCUAUUCAACAACUGAGCAUUCACAGUCCUCUGGUUCCAAAGACUUAUAACCCUCUGAGUAAAGAUAUUUCUCCUUGUGUUCAAACAAAGUGGCUGGCCGCUUGUCGUGAGACUAUACUUCCUGACUCUCCUGCCUGAGAAAGCAUCUUCUCACCAUCUCCUCUGUCAAUUCCUCUUUAAGGAGGAAAUGUGCGGUCAGCAGGUGCUAAGUGUAACGGUGGUGCAGUUUACUAUUCUGAUUGGCGUGGAGAGGGACGCAGCGUUGUGGAUUUUUAUGAAUGGUGUCGGGGAUGAAAGCAAACAAGCAAUUACUCUGCAGGAGUUGGGUAAAGAAGGAUUGUGUAGGAAGGAACUGUAGAUGGACAUGUGCAGUUCCUCUUCCCGGGGGAUCCAGAAUCUUGCUGUUGCAUUCUUAUUCUGAGUCUCUGCUACCUUUAUCCACGUCUCCCCUGUGCAAUACCUCCUGGCCUCCAUUUUAUCCAGGAUGACUAGGAAAGCAUCGAACAAACGGAAGAGAUAAAUGUAGUAAAAAGGAACUGCAGAUGCUAGUUUAUACCAAAGAUAGACACAAAAUGCUUGAGUAACUCAGCGGGUCAGGCAGGACACCAUUCUCUGGAGAAAAUGGAUAGGUGAUCUUUUGGGUUGAGACCAUUCUUCAGUCUAAAGUCUGACACCUAUCAAUUUUCUCCAGAGAUGCUGCCUAACCCGCCGAGUCACUCCAGCACUCUGUGUCUUUUUUCGUAAACCAGCAUCUGCCGUGCCUUGUAUCUGCAGAGAUACUUUUCUUCUCUUUACAGUAAAUUUCCGAAUGUCUCCGUUUCCUUUGCAGUUGCGGAACAAUUUUCUCCUACCAUCACUAACAGCGGCGCAAAUAGACUUUAAUAUGCUGGCCAGGAAACUGUGUCAUGUGUGUGGGCUUUGGGUACUGCAUUGGAAAACUUGGUUCCAUCGACAAGAAAGAAACACCAGUUAUAGAUUAUCAUGAGUACAUUGAAUUUGGACCAUCGUCAGUUAGCCAGUACAGUUAAAUCUGUAUCCGAUUCCUGUAAUAAUUAUUUGCGCUUCCCCAAGCAUAGAUGAAAGUUUUCCCAUUCUUGGGGCAUAAUAAGCCCAUCUGUGGUUUCUCCAAGGAUAUUAAGCAUCAACAUGAUGGCUUGAAUCCAGAAUCCCAGAUUUAAGCGUGCCACAGUGGCGGAGCGGUAGAGUUGCUGCCUUACAGCACCAGAGACCCGGGUUCGAUCCUGUCUAUGGGUGCUGUCUGUACGGAGUUUGUAUGUUCUCCCUGUGACCACGUGGGUUUCCUCCCACAUUCCAAAGACGUACAGGUUUUGUAGGUUAAUUGUAAAUUCUCCCCGGUGUGUGUAGGAUAUUGUGAGUGUACGGGGUGGUCGCUGGUCGGCACGUCGAAGGGCCUGUAUCCGUGCUGUAUCUCUAACGUCUAAAGUAAAUUUAUGUUAUGACUUGGAGUGGGAAGUGUUGUUUCACUGCUUAUGAAACAACAUAAAAAUGACAGUAUGGAAAAGACCCACUUGUCCAUUCCAUAUGGUUGUGAUGGGCUUUGUGCUGUUUGGCUUUUGCUUCCUAUCCACCUGAAGCCAUGUAUUAUCCUGAGGAGAAAGAGCACAUUGAGAACAUUAUGGACAGCACUGUGGCGCAGCGGGUAGAGUUGCUGCCUCACAGCGCCAGAGACCUGGGUUCCAUCCUGACCACGGGUGCAGCCUGUACGUUCUCCCCGUGACCUGCGUGGGGUUUCUCCGAGAUCUUCGGUUUCCUCCCACACUCCAAAGACGUACAGGUUUGUGGGUUAAUUGGCUUGGUGCAAAUGUAAAAUUGUCGGUGUGCGUGUAGGUAGUGUUAAUGUGCGGGGAUCGCUGGUCGGUGCGGACAUGGUGGGCCGAAAAGCCUUGUUUCCACGCAGUAGCUCUAAACUAAACUGUGCAAUUAGUAAUAGGGAGGUGGGGUGGAUUCUGGUUCUGACCAGAAAAUUCCCGUCCAACUCCUUUGGAUAAUUAAACUCUGAUCCAUAUUGACCGUGUUACAUAGGACGUCAUCGUUCCCCCAGGCAGAAACUGGCUAAAUUCUUGAGGAAUUUGAUGUCAGCUUUUAUCGCAUGGGUCAAAAAUAGGAAAGAAGAACCAUCAUAAGAAUUAACCUUAUCUACUAUGUAUAUGUGAUCCCUGGCCUCCCUUAUUUUAAAUUAAAAGAAUUGGUCCACAUAAACACAAUCUAAUCCCUCCAUGUUUCUCUAAACGUCAAUCAAGUUGCUGGAGUCCAUGCUUUUGUCAAGUCUGCUGACCCAGAUUAUUUGAUGUUAUCUUGGUAACUAAAGUGUUUAAAAUUGGAAAUUACUUCUGUGGGCUUUGCUUUGCAUCCUUUUAAAGCUUCAAUAUCACCCACCAUGUAGAAGAUGAAACGUGGACAUAACUGGGGCUUGAAUGAGGUCAUGUGCAAGAACAGAAUGCAGUGCUCUAGUUUAGAAUGAAUCGUCCUAUAAAUCCUGAUCCCUUCAGCUAUAGUUGUAUGGUAUCAGUCAUGAACUUUGAUAGAAUGAUGCACCAAAAGACCACUGGCUUCAAUUCUGUUCUCUGCAGGGUGCAAGUAAGGCACCCUGAAGAAUUCAACCUACCUUUUCAAUGGCAUCAAGCAAGCUGUGAGCAAAAACAAAAUCCCAAGCCUGCUUCAUUUGUGUGCCCACAUGAUUGAUUUUAAUAAUAUUGCCUUUAACCAUUAGCAUUGCUUGUUGUAGUAGCCUGUUGCGACAGCACAGACAGCCAUUUUGCACUGUCGAGAGACCAACAAUGCAGUUUUAACUUCUGCUUGGGUAUAUUCCGCUUGGGUAUAGCUCAUAUUCCCCUUGGGGAGCUUACAACCUAACACUGUUAACAUUGAAUUCACCAAUUUUAUGUAAACGCCCCCC